AUGUUGGGAAAUACUUAAUAUUUCAAAAAAAUUCAUGAUGCAGUGUAUAAAUUACUCUAUGGAUAACCUAAAAAAUUAAUUGCCAGGUCUUUAGAAGGUCCUAUAGUUUGGCCAUUUUUUUAGAGGUCUUUAGAAAUAGAAAAAUUAAAACAUUUUAUAUCUUAUGAAGAAAAUAUAUUCAAAUAAUAGGUGAACUCUAAGAAUACUGUAUUUGUUGUUGGAGCAAAAGGGAUUGGUAAGAGUUGGUUUUUAAGAAAUACUUGCAAAAAUUCAAUAAUAAUAGAUAAUACGCAUAUAAAUUUUUAAUCAUUUUUCUUUUAGAUGAAGAUGGAAAUAAUAAGAUAUGUAUCUGAACAAAAAUUGGUCACAAAUAAAGAAAUACUUUAAAUUGCUUUAAGAAAAUAUUUGCCUUAAUACUUAGACAUUUAUUUUAAUUAAUUUAUUAGAGAUUAAUUAUCUGAGAAUAUUAAAUAGGAAUUAUAAGUUAAUAUAAAUUAAGGAAACUAAUUAACAAAAUUGGAUUGGGAUUCAGGAGAACUAGAAUUUUGGGAAGAGGAUGCAAAAUAAAUAUAAAUGAAUUCCUCUCAUUCAUUAAAUGUUGAGAAUAAUUUUUUUUAAUUGGCAAAAUUAAUAUAUAAAGAUGAAGAAUGUAUAGGAUGUUUAAAUUUAAUGAUGGAUCUAAUUCAAUAGAUUGAAAUAGAUAAAAUUGAUAAUCCUAUUAAAAUUAAUAGCACUAUUGCAGGUAUAUAUUAUCUUACUAAUAUGUAGCUUAAUAGUAAAUAGAUUUUCUCUUUGAUGUUCUUAAUUAUGUUUCAGGGUUUGAUAAGAGUAGCAAUAAGAAGCAUUAGAUUUCUUUAGUUUUAAUGAACAUAGACAAAUUAUUAGAAUAUUAUAAAUAUGAUUCAGAGACAAUAGAUUUCUUUGAUCAUUUAAUAUUAAGAACAUAUAAUCCAUAUGGCAUUCGAAAUCACUUUCCUUUGGUAAUUGAAUCUAGCAAUAGUAAAUUUUUUAACAGGGAUUUGAUGGAGAUGAUGAAUAUUGAGUUAAAUACAGUAUUGCACUUAGACAUUUCUGAUAUUAAUAAAGAAUAGAUUAAAAGUUAGAUAGAUGGAAUAUUUACAUAGUAAAGCUUAGAAACUAAUUUAGAGAGGAGAUUGAUUAAAUUUAUGAACGCCUUGGAGGCUCAUUAUAAGUGUGGCAUUAAUUGACUAAGUAAGCUGUAACAAAUGAUGAAUUCGAAAUGGAGAAGUGGUUUGAAUCUUUCAGUAAAUUAGAAUACAACAAAUUCAAUUAUUUGAUGAAUAUGACUUUAAUAAAUAAUGAGAUAAGCCAUUAGCUUGAUAAUAAUCAUGUAGAUGCUAAUAUUUAUCGAAUGAUGAAGGCAUUGCAUUAUUUUAAUGGGAAAAUGUUUACAGGAACUUACUAUGCAGAUAUGGUAUUAAUGGAAAGUCCAAUUAUUCAUGCAUUAUAAUAAGAGAAUGUUCUAUAUCAUCCUAAAUAUAUUUCUAAUUUAUACUUUACUUACAAAUAUUACAAUAACUUCUGUAGGGAAUAUUUACAAAGAAAGAAAAGUAUAAAUAUAAAAUAAAUUUAGAAUAAAUAUAAUAUUGGCCUGAGGAAGAAAAAGAUGUAGAUUUAUUUGUUUCAGCCUUUAAAUUAGAAAGAAAGAAAAGAGGAGAAUAUUUAGUAUAAGUUACUGAUGAACCAAGAAAAUAUAUUUAUGAUGACAUCAGAAAAGAAGAGAGACCAUAUCAUGAGUAUUAUGUGUGAA